UUAAUCAUUAACAGUUUACUAUAUUGCAUUCGUGAACAAUGGUACUAAUGUGACAAGAAAAGUGCAAUUUUCAAGAGACGAUGAGUGCGGUCAACGUUUGGCCGCUGUGGAUUCUUCUACUGGCUGCUGGUUUACGCGUGGACGCACAUAAUUUGCGGAAAAGCUUCCGAUGUCUCAGCGAAGUGGAUCAUGAACAUAGAAAUCGUACCACCCGCCAAUUUCCUCCCAUCGGGAAUCAGAUGUGCUCACAGCAGCAACCCAUAAUGUGCCCACCUGGUAGUGUCUUGCAGAACAAUAGAUGUGUCAUACGGCAAACUUACUGCCCUGGGGGAUUCCAGCUCGUAGGGAAUUCGUGCGUGGGACAAAGUGUGUGUCCACCCGGGUACAUCUUGUCCAAUGGCAUGUGUCACCGUAAUCCAGUCGAGAUGUUACCCGUCUGCAGUAGAAAGACCGUUGUUCCCAUCUGUGAUAGAGGAUACACAUUCACCGGAACACAGUGUAUGCGACAGGAAACUCAACCGGCGGAAAACAAGUCGAGAAUAACGGUAAGCGUUGCUCCGUUUACAUGUCCGCAAGGGUACAUGCUGAGUCAGGAUAAAUGUAUUGCUUACGAACGGCAACCAGCUAAUUGUUCGCGAGGUACUUUAUUGUUGGGUGAUUGUGUGAUUGAUGCCCAAUGUCCAGCUCUGUUUACAAUGGACGAGUACGGUCAGUGUGUCAAUGUGACAGAGAAACAAGCGGUGUGUCCUGUCGGUACGACAUUUUCGGAUGGAGUUUGUCAAUACUCCAGUCCACGAUGUCCUGGCAAUUAUACUCUGGCUAACGGAAGAUGCGUACUGGAGCAGAUAGCUCCUGUUCAAUGUGAUUCAGGUUCGAAGCUGUUGAACAACUACUGCGUUGUGACUGACCCUAAAUGUCCCAACGAGUACAAAUUGAAUGAUGGACAAUGCGUAUACACGCGUGUCGAUCAGGUCAGAUGUCCUGAAGGUAGUUUCAUUCGAGGAAAUCUGUGCGUGGCUCGCGAGAUCAGAUGUUCGAUCGGAUACGAGUUGCGGAAUGGUUACUGUGUGCAGGUCGACAAACAACCUGCCAGAUGUCCUUCGGGAUCCCGAUUAGAGGGUGAAGUUUGUGUAUCAACCCAACCACUGUGCAGCCGCGACUUUGAAUACGAUCAGCGAUAUGGGCAGUGCGUUAAGAACGAACAACGACAGCCAGUUUGCGAUAGAGGUUUCAUGCCACGAAAAGGCGAAUGUGUGAGUGAACGCGUCAUCUGUGAAGAUGGUUAUGCCGUGCGAAAUAAUGAAUGUGUUCUGGAAGAGAGAAGCAUUCAGCGCUGUCCGCCAGGAAGCAGCUUGAAGGACGGUAUGUGUGUUCAGUCUGAACCCCGGUGUGAUUUUGGGUUCGAAUUGGUGGGAGCAGUUUGCUUGCGACAGGAGAAGCAAAUCCCAACUUGUCCCAGAGGAUCCCUCUAUCACGGUGGCUACUGUCGUCUUCAAAACGUUGGAUGUCGUCCUGGCUACGAACUUAGAGAUUCGCAAUGUAUCAGAGAAGCUUCGUCUUUACCUGAAUGUCCCGAUGGUUUCACGUUCAAACGUGGAUAUUGUUUAUCGCAACCACAGUGCGACAGUGGUUAUGUUUUAGAAAAUGGCUUUUGUCGAAAACGGAUCACUGUCCCGAUUACAUGCCCUCCAGAUUCGUCGUUCCAGGAUGGUUCAUGCAUAAGUGCCGAAAUUGAAUGUAUUGUAGGAUUUGAAUUGCGCAACGGAGUUUGUAUUCGUGACCAUGAGGUCAUUCCAAUGUGUCCGGCCGAUGCGGAGUACUUCAAUGGUCAAUGCAGACUUAGAACAACCCCCACAUGUCCGUUCGGUUCAACGGUUCUCGACGGAGAAUGUCGCGUACACGAUGAAAUCGCUCCCAGCUGUCCAAAUGGAUACACUUACCAGAAUGGGCAAUGUCACGGGAUGUUAGUAUCCCAAUUACCACCUGUUCAACCACAACUACCGUCAUUACCGUCGCCGUGCGCUUCGAAUUGCAUGCAGCAACCGUGUGCAUACAACUGGAUGUGCAACGCACAACAGACUUGCGGAUCAUGCAGCCAGCAGUCAAUCAACUACCCGCAGUUCAUCCCUAGCAGGCAACCGCCCGUCUGCCAGUCAGGCUAUGAACUUUCAAACGGUUUAUGUACUCGCAGUUACAACUUGCCCAUGCAAUGUAAAAGCGGAUACAGCUUAAGAAACAACGAAUGUGAAAGUAUUCUACCGUUGAAGUGUGAACAGAACGCCACCAUGAGGGGCGAACGAUGCAUCCGGGAGGAGAUUAUGUCCGGAAGUUGUCGUGCUGGAUACUACAUGAAAAACAAUCGUUGCAUUCUCAUAAAUCCCGAAUGCGGCCCUAGUCAUCGUUUGAUAAAUGGACAAUGCGUCCAAAUUCUUGAAAAAAUAUCAUCUUGUCAAUCAAACGUAAGGAAGCUCCGCAACUUCUGCGUAGCUCAACCACGUUGCAGAUCAGGAUUUGAACUGCAACAGAACGUAUGCUACAAAAUAGAUGUCGACGUUCCACAGUGUCCUUCGGGAUCGGUCGUUAGAGAUGACGUCUGCGUAACGGCGUUCCAAUGCCCGGAGGGAUAUAGAUUCGCUGAUGAUCACUGUGUUAAAAGUGACCAACGCUUGCUAAGAUGUCCUCCAGAAACCAGACAAGUCGACAACUAUUGCAUUGUUCCUGGCCCAACUUGCGAUCAUGGUUUUGAUCUACGAAUGGGAGUGUGUACUAAAGUCCAACGCAAGCCAAUCAUUUGCCCAGUGGGUAGCCGUUUGUAUCAUGGUUUUUGUAUUAUGUCGCCUAGAUGUGACCAAGGUUACCAAAUGAUUUCUGGACAAUGCUCUCGCCACGAACAAGUACUCGCUACGUGUCCAUCGAACUUCUACAUCGAUCUCAAUCGCUGCGUUUCGAAAGAGCUCAUCUGUCCUGUCGGAUACCAAAUCGAUGGAACUGAAUGUGUUCGAGAGAGCCUCGAAACCGUAUCUUGUCCCGUCGGUUCGACGCUUCGAGAUAAUCUGUGUGUGGUUGGCCAACCAAUUUGUGAGACCGGAUUCAGGGCGGAAAACAAUCGAUGUGUUCAAUACAACUAUCAGCUGCCGCACUGUCCAUCAACAACCAUCAUGACCGACAAUCGCUGCGUACGGAGCCCUGGGUGUCCAUCUGAGUACCGUUUCGUCAAUAAUCGUUGUGUAAAAUUGCUUUAUGGCAUGGUUAACUGCACCGCAGGUACACUAUUAGAUGACAAAUGCGUAGCUCCUGGUCCAAAUUGCAUGGAUGGUUAUCAGCUUGUGGAGAACCAAUGUAUUCAAGAGAAGCGCACAAAUCCAACUUGUCCGGAGCGAGCGAGACUCCAGCAAAUUCAUUGCAUUAUCGAUACUCCUCGGUGUUCAGAGGGAUUCAAAUACACCAACACCGUGUGUUUAAGAGUUUCCACAGUAAACGCUGUGUGUCCGCCUUCCUACAGUAUCCGUGAUGGACGAUGCUUUGCGGAUCGAGUCUCAACGGAACUCGCUUGUCCCGACGGUUUCAGUUUGCAGGACUCGCUUUGCGCAAGAAUGUUAUUCACGGCUGCAUCUUGUCCAUCCGGUUUCUUACUAGAGAACGGAAUUUGUGUAAAAACCGUGUGUAAUUCAACUCAUUUACCUCUUCCCAUGCCAGCUAUUCAGUCAUACCCUGAAUACUCAAUUCAUGAUACUGCUUCCGCUACACAUGUUGACAAUUACAAUUCGUUGCCGGUCGUAGAUCACCAGAUGAUAUUGAACGAACCAUUGCGAAUAAACCUAUUACAACCACUUGGACGAACAGCUCAGCUCUCUGGGAAUAUCAUAAAUGAACCUGCAACUCAGCAUAUAGCAACCCACUCGAGAGCCAGCCCCGGUGAGCGAAAGCCAUCUACCGUGGAUCUUUUCGAUAAAUUUUUCGAAAACAUUCCCAGUUCGCACGUGAGUGUAGUGGACAAUCUCUCGAAUCCAAUUCAUUUUGUUGAAUCGAAAAUAUCUGCAAUAGUUCACAAUAAUGAAUCUUCAAACGAUGUCCCCGUACCGGUGAAGCAUGAUGUUGUAGAAGAACCCGUAACCCAAGUCGAUGAGCUGAGUUCAGAGAUGUACAGUUGCACAGUUCAUUCACCAAAAAUUUGUACCAAUACAGAUGGUGAGUGGGAAUGCCUUCAACAAGACUUCGAAAACGUUCGAACACGUUACUGCCGGGAGAAUGGAGGUCAGCUCUAUUUGCGGUUGAACUCUACCGAUUACGACGAGGAACACGGUGUAUUGAUAAUAGCGUCGCCGGUUGAGGCAUCGGAUGAUGAGGAAGAGGAUGAAUAUGAAGAAGAAGUAGAUUGUUCCGGCUGCAUGGACGGAACAUACACUUGUUCCAAGAGUUGCUAUAGUUACGAUUGCGUCGACGAAUGUCUUUUCAUCGAUGUGAAUGAUUAUUGCGCGGAACUGCCAAAGCCGGACAAAGGCUGCUUUUGGGAAGAAGGAUGUCGUGGAAUUCAUUGUGAAGGAUAGAUUACUGAUGAUAGGUUUUCGUUUGAUCGUUUACUUUAAAAUUAAUUACUAUAUUAUGUCACAUAAAGAUUUGAAACAGUAAAAUAUUCAAAAGUACGUAGUGUAGUAUGAUUCUGAAUUAUGUCGGAGGUUAUAAGGAAUGUUUAAGGAAAUAA